AUGAUUAAGAACUUAAGCAAUAUGAAGAAUUACAACGAGAUACGUGAAAGAUGUUGUGAAUACAUCGAAGCUCUUGAAGAAGAACGCCGCAAUAUCAAUGUCUUCCAUCGCGAGCUUCCUCUUUGCUUAGAGCUCGUCACUCAAGCAAUUCAGGCAUAUAAGAAGGAGAUAUCAGAGACGACUACGAAGAACUUGUACAAAAAAUCAGAGUGCUCGGAGGAGACCACACGAGAAUGUAGGUCCGUCUUGGAUCUGUUCAUACCCAUCAAACACUCUUUGACCUCCGUAGACGAGGAAGACAAAGUUAAUGAUGAUGAUGAUGAACACAAAUCUCAUGAAACCCUCACAUGCUUUGAUGACAAAAACAUGAAAUCUGAAUGGCUUAAGUCUGUUCAGCUCUGGAACCAACCUGGCGCAGUUCUUUCUAAUAAUUUGUUAAAAUCUGAAGUUUAUAACGUUUCAUGUUUUGAGGAUUGCUCACAAGAGGAGAUCAUCAAAGGAAACGAUGGAUCAGCGUCUCGUCAUCAACUACCAUGUUAUGAAACGAGCAACAGAGAAAAUGAUAACAUAAAAUCUCCGGCGACUACUAGCGGUGGCGGAGGACAUAAGAAGGAGGCGGACAAAGCCGCCCGCGGCCACCGCGGCAAAGGGCGGAGAAAGCAAAAGCGGAGUUGGCCGCAGGAGUUACACCAACGCUUUGUGAAUGCUCUUAAACAACUUGGUGGCCCUAAUAAUGCUACGCCGAAACAUAUUAAAGAGCUCAUGAAAGUUGAUGGGUUAACCAGUGAUCAAAUCAAAAGUCAUUUACAGAAAUAUAGGCUGCAUACAAGACGAUCUAGCCAAACAAACCCUAACAACAUAAACUCUGAAACGCCACAUUUCGUUGUCGUCGGUGAAAUAUGGGCUCCACAAGCUAACCACUCCACGGCCAACGCCGCUACAUUGGGUGAGACCACCACCGGAAUAUACGGGUCUAUGGCCAGUUCGUUGGCGUUUGUCUGGCCUAACCGUUCCAACUUUGGUCACACGAUUUCGGAAGAGAGAUCAAUAUGUUCUGAAAAGGGAAUUAUUAGGUGUAACUCAUCAGCGAUUUCUUCUUCAAAUCCUACGAAGACAAAAUAUGCAAACAUUUUGUAA